AUUUGAAACUCUGAAUGAGUCUUUGGAUAUAAAAUCUCGCUGAAGCUGCUGAUUUAAACUCUCUUUUCUUUUCUUUCAGUCUGUUUUCCGCAGGAUUUGGACGUCACGCAUCUGUGACGCUUUUGUUUGCGGUUUCAAUGGAAAUCCGCACAUCCUUCAGUUGUUUUGUGCCGCAGCUGAAGGCGCAAUAAAUCACUGCGGAGCAGCCACUGUGGGCGUUUCUUCAUCUCCGACUGCAGCUCAUUAAAGUGCAAGAGGAGGAGGAGGACUCGGUCAGUCCGGCUCACUCUCUCCGCCGGACGCAGUGGACUUUAGCUCGACUCGGACCCGAACUCAGCCCGAUCAACAUAAAGUCGCCCGUUUGCCCUGAAUUACGACAGCACAUCCUUCAGCCUGAUUUAAAGAGUUUUCAUGGAUGGACGUCCUGUGAUGGUGUUUCAGGUGUGAAGUCAACCUCACCAUCAUGAGUCUGAGCACAAACGACCUCACCGAGCUCAUGGAGCUGUGGGCGGAGCUAAACCUGACCACCGCUGAACACUACAACCUCUCCCAUGUGGAGACGCUGCUGUGUUCAGGUGCCGUCAGCCAUGCCACCUUCCUGCAAGUCCUCUCCAUCCUCUACAUCUUCAUGUUUCUGGUGGGCCUGGCUGCCAACAGCCUGGUGGUCUGGAUGAACCUGCGCUCUGUCAGGAACCACUAUGAGACGCACCUGUACAUCCUGAACCUCGCUGUGGCCGACCUGUGCGUCGUGGCCACUCUGCCAGUGUGGGUGACCUCGCUGCUGCAGGGCGGUCGCUGGCCCUUUGGAGAGGCUGUUUGUAAACUUACUCAUCUGGUCUUCAGCGUCAACCUCUUCAGCAGCAUCUUCUUCCUCACCUGCAUGAGUGUGGACCGCUACCUGUCCAUCACACUGCUCGCCGACACCCCAGAGAGCCACAGGAAGAAGGCGGUGCGACGGCUAAUCUGCAUCCUGGUUUGGUUGCUAGCGCUGGUGGCGUCCACCCCUGACACCUACUUCCUGCGGGCGGUGAAGUCGUCACACCACGAUGGCUCCGUGUGUCGGCCAGUGUAUCCACCUGACCACCCUCGAGAGUGGAUGGUGGGCAUCCAGCUGAGCUUCAUUGUGCUCGGUUUUGCUAUCCCUUUCCCGGUCAUCGCUGUCUUCUACCUGCUGCUGGCGGCGGCCAUCCCUCCCAACUCGGAUCAGGAGCGGCGCGACGGCCGCCGGAUCAUCCUCACCUACAUUGUGGUCUUCCUGGUGUGCUGGCUGCCGUUCCAUGCUGUUCUCCUGCUGGACACCCUGUCGCUACUCAACCUGCUUCCCUUCAGCUGCCAGCUGGAGAACUUCCUGGAUGUGGCGCUGCACCUGACACAGUGCUUCUCACUGGUCCACUGUUGCAUUAACCCAGUCCUGUACAACUUCCUCAACAGAAACUACCGCUAUGACCUCAUGAAGGCCUUUAUAUUCAAGUACUCCACCAGGACGGGGCUCGCUAGACUCAUCGAUGGUUCGCACGCCUCAGAGACUGAGUACUCGGGGGUGGCCACAGAAAACAGUGUUAUGAUGUGAACUCAUCUUCAGACUCAUGAAUACUUUUCAAGACUUGGUGAACCUUCUCUGUCUCUGUCCUCUGUCAGUGUCCCUGUAUGAACUUUGAAGACCUGGGAACACUUCUUAGUACUUAUAAACUGUUCCUGGUGGUGGCAGUCCAGCACCCUGAUGGUCUGUGGUUGGGCUGAUGGACUUUUCAGAUGGGGAUGCUUGACUUGCAAAAACUUAGUGCUUCUUGAGGGUUGGGAAGACAUCUGAAGACUUGCAACUGUCUCUCAGUUUGAAGUAAAUUACAUACAUAACAGGAAUUUUCAGUAGUAGUGGUUUGAAUUCAAUCUCCUCAGCAAAAUUUUUUGCCAUGGCUCUGUGUUCUCCUGGACUCGUGAGGACCUUCAUCUGAAGCUCAAUCACGAAAACUGGUCCCAGGCCAGAACGGUUCUGUCAAGUUACUACGUAUGAGUAUUUCCAUGUCCUGCUCCUUCAUACUUCCAUGUCUCAGAGGAAAGUACUGUAGUUUUUACUGCCCUGGAUUCGUCUCACUUGAUGAUGUUUUGUUUAUGAUGUUUUACUUCCACCACUGGAUCAACAGGACUCAAAGGCACGUGGAGUGAGGUGUCCACAAACUUUUGGCCUGUUAGUAUGUUAUGUUACGAUGAAGCAGUUUGUCAACAGAAGCCUGCAGCGAUUCUUCCUGACAGUCAGCAGUCAGGGCAGAAUGUUUUCAUGUUUGUAUUCUGUGAUUUGUUUUAGUGCUUUAUGUUCUUUUAACUUUAACUGAAUAUUUUUAAAGGAAUUUGAACAGAAAACUGAAAUUUUAAAAAGUUUAAAAUUUAGUGUUAAAUAGUUUUUAAUGUGGAGAGUUGCUUUAAUCCACUGAUCAAGUUGUCUAUAGAUAAACAAACAACAAAAAGAACUGGAAAAUAAUAAUUAAUUAUUAUUUAGUUGUUUUGUUUUGGGUUUUUUUUUUUUCAUUUUAGAAAAAGUUAUAUUCUGUCACAAAUUUGUGCCAAGCUACAUUUUUAAGUCCAGGGAACAUUAUCAUGUAGCCCUGAAACUGACAAAACGUGAAGUGUUUGAAUUGAAUUCAACUGAAAACCUGACAAUAAAAUAAAUGAAUAUAAAUAUAAAUAUUUAUACUUUCCUGUGACUGCUUCCAAUCAGGUGAAAACUUUUUUAAAUAAUCCAGCAUGUGUUCACACCAAACUCAAGAAAAAAACAAAACAAUUUUAUCAUUUGUAGUUUCUCAGUUUCACUCUGUUGAAAACCUGAUUUAACAAAAGAAAAUCUUCAAGGACCUCUGGAGCCCCUUCAAAAACCCCUGGAACAUUUUCAAGGACCUCUGGAGCCUCUUCAGGGACACACUGAAUAAUGUAUUUCUUCCCAGUUACUUUUCCUGUUGUCAGUUUGGUGGCUCCAGACUGUUUUGUCUCGUUGCAGGAUGGAGUGUACACCACACACAGUAUGCAGUAUAUAUACAGUACUUGUAUAUGUCACCUGUCCAUAUGUGUAUCAUGUGUCUGUGAGCGUGUACUGUCAGUGUAGAAUACCGUAUUUUCCGGACUACAGAACGCACCUG